AUGGCCGGCGACCACCGCCUCCUGCUGGAGAACGCGCGGCAGGCGGUGCUGGUGUGCGCGCGCGGGGAGCGCUGCCUGGCGCGGGGCGCGCCGCGCGGCCUGGCGCUGCUGGAGGGCGCCAGCCUGGUGGUGGGCACGGAUGGGUUGAUAAAAGCCAUCGGUCCUGCUGAUGUUAUCCAAGAACAGUUUUCCGAAGCAACGUUUGAAGAAAGAAUUGACUGUUCUGGGAAAUGCAUCUUGCCAGGUUUGGUGGAUGCACACACACACCCAGUAUGGGCUGGUGAGAGAGUUCACGAGUUUGCAAUGAAGUUGGCAGGAGCCACGUACAUGGAAAUCCACCAGGCCGGAGGAGGGAUCAACUUCACGGUGGAGCGCACGCGCCAGGCCUCGGAGGAGGAGCUGCUGGGCUCCUUCCAGCAGCGGCUGCAGGCCAUGCUGCGGGCGGGCACCACGCUGGUGGAGUGCAAGAGCGGCUACGGCCUCGACCUGGACACCGAGCUCAAGAUGCUCCGCGUGAUCGAGCGCGCCCGGAGGCAGAUGCCCAUUGGCAUCUCGGCCACGUACUGCGGGGCUCACUCCGUGCCAAAAGGAAAAACUGCUACUGAAGCUGCUGAUGACAUCAUCAAUAACCACCUCCCAAAGCUGAAGGAGCUUGGCAGAAAUGGGCAGAUUCACGUUGACAACAUAGACGUGUUCUGUGAGAAGGGUGUCUUUGAUCUAGAAUCUACCAGAAGGAUUCUUCAAGGUGGCAAGGAUAUAGGGUUACAGAUUAACUUCCAUGGGGAUGAACUCCACCCAAUGAAGGCUGCGGAGCUCGGGGCUGAACUGGGAGCCCGGGCAAUCAGUCACCUGGAAGAAGUGAGUGAUGAAGGCAUUGCUGCCAUGGCAACGGCUGGGUGCUCCGCAGUCCUUCUGCCCACCACGGCCUACAUGCUCAGGCUGAAGCAACCUCGUGCCAGGAAGAUGUUAGAUGAAGGAGUAAUAGUUGCUUUGGGCAGUGACUUUAACCCUAAUGCCUAUUGCUUUUCAAUGCCCAUGGUCAUGCAUCUGGCCUGUGUAAACAUGAGAAUGUCCAUGCCGGAGGCCUUGGCCGCAGCCACCAUCAAUGCCGCUUAUGCACUGGGAAAAUCUCACACACACGGAUCUUUGGAAGUUGGCAAACAGGGAGAUCUCAUUAUCAUCAAUGCAUCCAGGUGGGAGCAUUUGAUUUAUCAGUUUGGAGGCCAUAACGAAUUAAUCGAGUAUGUUAUAACUAAAGGAAAAGUCAUCUAUAAAAAAUGA